CGCAUCACAACACUGUCGUAGAUUCUAUACAAUUACCAUACUGUAUCUAUCAACGCAUGUCUGUGCCAGCAAGAAGGAAGUACCUGGCGGGCACGAGCGUGGUGUUGGGGACAGAAACACGCCCUUAGUCACGCCUUCUAGAACUCAGUCAGACAGUACGUUCCUUCACAACAAGUAUCCACCAGUAGGCUCGCUGGGACUAUAGUAAGUCAAAAAGCUGAGUAAACCCUUUGAACCGUAUCACUGGACGUACCUUUCGUUUCAUCCUGCUGCGUCCUUGAUUCGUCACUUCCUUUUUCUGUCCAGCCAAUCGUCUCUUCUUCGCUAUGUUUAUCGAUUUCGUUGCAUAUGGGCUGGAGACUGGGCUUGUCGGUAGUUUGUGCGACUACAGCAGACCAGUUUACCGGUACUCGAAUGACAGAUGCCUAUGAUUGUUGCAAUGCCGAACCAAGUCAUCAUCCACGAAAUAAUGGAAACUGUAGUCACCAGAUGGAAACCAAAACGUCACAGCCAGGACGCGCAACAGCGACACAAAGACUUGCGACUGCGAACAAAGGAGCAUGCCAAUUGUGUAACACAUACUUGCUGACUAGUAACGUACACGAGAAUGUGUACACAAGUGUGGCAUGCAUCUCUGCUGGUACGUAUCCGCCCCUGCUAUCGCCAGAUACAGCUCGCCCUAUCACCCCAGAUCUCUGACGUUUGACACUUUGCGCCUCAAAACGUCCUGAAACAUGGAAGCAGUGGCUUGGAUCAUCCCCACCCCCCUGGCUCGCUAAGUUUAGUACCACACAUCUUGGAAUGCACCCUACUGAAGGCGACUCUACACAACGGUCAUGCAG